CCCAUCUUGAAGCCGUCUCUCUAUCCACCCGGUAUAUGUCACAUGGCUCAGGUUAUCAUCAGUGAGGAGAGCCUCUCUUCGGAAUUCGGGCACGACCAGAGCCCUUCGGAGCCCAAUGCAUGCCACACCGACAGCACGGACGUCGUGUUCGACGCCCUGAGGCCUCAUCAGAUGAACGCCGGAAUGGCUCAAUUCCGUCGUAUACCCGUGCCGAACAACCGCCUCACCGCACUCAGAAAUCACUGGGCGGAAAUAUACACGCCCAUUGUCGACAACCUCAAACUGCAAAUUCGAAUGAACACAAAAACCAAACAUGUAGAACUACGUACAUCUCCAGAAACAGAAGACAUCGGCGUCCUGGAUCGCGCCGUGGAGUUCAUCCGAGCAUACCUUAUCGGGUUCGAAAUAUCUGACGCAAAAGCGUUGCUUAGAAUAGAGGACCUCUACCUUCAAUCUUUCAAUGUUGACGACGUCAAGCACUUGACCGGCGACCAUCUAUCUAGAGCUAUUGGAAGAAUCGCUGGUAAAGAUGGCAAAACAAAAUUCACCAUUGAAAAUGCCACCAGGACACGUAUCGUUCUAGCUGACAAGCGAAUUAGCUUGCUUGGUUCCUACCAGAACAUCAAGUUAGCUCGAGAUGCUGUUUGUGAUCUGAUUUUGGGUGCACCUCCAUCUAAAGUCUAUUACAAACUACAAAAUAUUAGCGCUCGACUCAAGGAAAGGUUUUGAAGAAUUCCCCUCAGUCGGAUUUUGAACUAUGUAUAUUUCUAGUCCUUCUAUAUAGAGGUCAUACCGCACGAAAAAAAA